GUUUAGACGUCUUUCAGCGUUUUGCUUGCCUCAAGGCAGAGGGAAUCGCAGAUCGUUCUCUCUGGAGAGACGACGUCUACCAUAAAUCACAAAGCCAUGGAAUUCGAAUUCCGGCGUCGCGACUAUGGAGCUGAGCAUGAAUCUCGACUCCUUCCUCGUUCUCGAGCUCACAAGCACCCUCUUUCCUCCGCACUUGAUUCUCGUCAACCACAGGCUAGAACUGUCAGAGGUAGCGAUCUUGACUUCUUUGAUCCAUUGAGGGGAUUGGAUGUGAAUGCUUCAGAAGAAGAAAACGUUGAAGAACCUUCUUUAUCAAUGGAAGCUGUAACUCAGGACCUCAUAAAGGAGUGGAAAUCUCUUAAAAGAAUCUUGGUGCAGCGGUUUCCUGUCUCCAAAGUGAUUUCAUUUUCUCCAAUAUCGAGUAUAAUAAUGAAAGGUUCCAAAGGUAUGGUCCUUUUCUGCUUUGCUCAUUCAACAGUUGAAAACCCUUCCACUCUUUCACAUUUAGACGAAGCAGGCAGCGAACAAACUUCUCUGGAAGAAACUGCCAAAAUCAUCAACCAACAAGACUAUCUAGCCAAAGUACACGAGCUAAGAGAUGGAAUAACUUGCGCUUGGCAGGCUGAAGAUCGAGUAACAUCAUUGAAGUUAUCGAUAAAGGUCACAAAACUUCUGAUGGACACAACAGUUUUGCAGUUUUAUCCUACAGUCUUUGUCAUUGUCACUGACAUGCUAGAUAUGCUUGGGGAUAUGGUGUGGGAACGGAUCAAAGAGAAAGCAGAACAUGAUGUAGAUGGAACAGUGAUCUGCACCUUAUUGAAUGAUUUUCAAGCAAGUGAUAUCUGCCUCGAAGCAAGAGAGACUUGCUAUAAUUGGUUUUGCAAAGUUGGUUCUGUACGAGAACUUCUCCCUCGCAUUUACCUGGAGCUUGCGAUUUUACCUUGCUGGCGUUUCCUCAUUAAUCAACCCGUGGAAGUUCUUGAUCGUUUAGUCAUGAUGGUGAGAGGUCUUGCAGAUCCACUGGCAUCAUUGUAUUGUCGUCUUUAUAUGGUGCAUCGUAUGCAGAAGUUAGGUUUCUACAAUUCAGGAUAUCUAAUCAAAUGCAUCAAGGAUAUUGAAGAUGUAUUGGCGCCUGUUAUAGUGGACACGGACGGGUUUUCCUAUAUUACAGAUGACAAAAAGUUGCUUUUUAGCUUGAUGGAACCACCCAUUGAGUAUAUAUUGAAAUGCUUAUUGCUGACUGGACGUCAGGAGAACAUUGUCGAGGGGAUUCUUGAGGAGCUUGGAUUUGGAAGGAAUAAAUCUUACUCGUCCACCAACUCGUCACAUGCGUCCAUUUUACUUCAUCAUCUACUCAAAGAACUUCCAUCUGAAUUAGUUAGUUCAAAAGCUAUGGAGAUCCUGCAUAUGAUUAAAUGCAGCAAUGAUUGUUCCUUUAGUCAGAUUUUGAAUUACAGGUUACUUGGAAAUAGAUUGUAUGAAGGGAAAUCUCAAGCAGGUGUUCUCAGUUCACUCAUCGAUGAAGUUAUUCAGGCUGCUUCUCAGUAUCAUACGCUGUAUGACUACUUAAGAAUUAUGGACGCAUAUGUGGACCUGUUGUUGCAAAACAAGAUGGAAAAUCAUCUGGAUGCUCUCUUGGAUGAUAUUGUAACUCUAGCUCGCGACAAGUUUCUUUCUGAAGAAGAACAAGCAAGCUUGCAAUCCAUAAUUUUGAAGCUGCUCUCUUAUUUUGAGGACUUGCAAGAAGUACUUUCUCUGAAUCAUUUCAUCGAGAUUUUGGAUCUAAUGUCUGGAGCUUCAAAGAGAAGUGUUAAUAUGCAUCUUCUUAACAUGGGUACUAGGAACGGCUGCAUAUGUGAUCCAGCAACAGUGCAAUUGCUUUUCGAAGUUUCUCAGACUCUUUAUGAUGCUACAGAUUUUGUGAACAUAAAAGAUGAUGACAACCGACAAACAGCACAUUUGAUUUCUCGUUUUGUUGAGAUGGUUGAUUAUGGGGCAGAAAUGGAACGCCAUUUGAUGUUUUUAGCGGAGUGUCGUGAGGCCUUUAAUGGGAUACAUGAACUUAAGGAGACACUUGUCCGUUCAAGCAACACGUUGGCUGUAAAAGCACUAAAAUCAGGAAAGAAGCAUAUACACUUUGUAAAAUCUUGCCUAGCAUUCAGCGAAGUUACCAUUCCAUCUAUUUCAACUCCCACAAAACACUUAAAUCUUUAUCUCGAAACUGCUGAGGUUGCCCUUUUAGGUGGUUUGAUUUCUCAUUCCGAUGGACUGGUCAGGUCAGCUGUUGAGUGUCUAGAGAAUGUAGCGCCUACAGAUGGUUUAAAAUCAAUUGAUGCGGACAGUAUGGCCUCCGUGGUAUGCAAAUUGUGCAGCUUCUUGGUAAUGGUCCCAGGUAAUCCUGAGAAAGGCGUGAUGGAGAUCCUUAAGAGCAUCUUUUCUGCUACUUGCUCUAGUUCAUGGUAUGUUUCUCCGAAGGACUAUACUAACCUAGAUGCGCAUAUUGAGGCAAUGCCGAGACUGAAGGUGAAGAUAUUCUGUGCCAUAGUUUUACUCUCGUCAACACUUUCUCAAGAUAAUCUUCCUUACCGUUCUGCCAAUCCAGAGAUAAUUGGAAAUGAUAUGCUGUUCUUUGGUGAUGCAUCAUACAAGAACGAACUUGUCUCGUGCUCUCAGCUAGUUCUACAAGAACUUGUAAACGCUAUUGAACAAGAGUCUUCGCAGAUUGCUCGCGGGAACAUGGCUCUUGAAGCUUGCAAUUGCAUAUCAUCAGCACUAAUUGUACCGUUUUUUUAUGAAUCAGAAAGUCUCACAACUUUGCUUGAGACUAGUGGAAAUAGCAAAAGGAUGUUUGGGUGACAAGGACAGGUACCUCGAAUCCACUAAGAAAUCACUAAAAUUAUGAUACAUUGUGUUUACCGAAUGAAUAUUAAAUUGUGCCCGUGUGACAUUGUCGAGUGUUAGCGGUUUCAACCGCAUGAGUGUAGUAAUGUGAACCGCGUCUUUACCGCGUUUUACGGCGUCAAGCGUUUUCAACCGCAUUUUUAAUCUCAACUGUGUCCAAAUCGCGUCUUGAACCACAAUUUUGUUUUUACAUUGGGUUAUUAUAAAGGGCCGUUGUUAUUUGAUGGGCCGAGAUAUGUCUAUUUAUGGGAUCCAAGCACGAACACCCUUGAUUGUUUAUUAUUAUCUGCCCUCUUGUGUCAAUAGAUACAUCUUUUGGAA